GCGCAAGAUGCUUUUGCGGCGUUUCUCCGAACUAUUUACAAAUUUUCUCGAUAUCUGAUUGGAUGUAAAUCCUUGUGCCAAAUCUUGUUGAUUUCAAACCGGAACCGCAGCUGUGAUCAGUUUUUCACUCAUUUCUGAGUUUCCGCUGUUAUUUUGUUUGGGAGAGCGGCACACGUGUUUGCUCAUAUUGUAGCUGCUACAUAUUUCAAUAAUCAUUUGCUUCAUUAUUUAUUGCAAAAUUCAGUCUCUCUAAAAUGACUUCUAAAAUUAACAGCGACAAAAAGUCACCAUCUUCAAGUUCAGUGAAUACAGCUGAAUAUUCUGCUAUUCCUGAAGCUGUGCAACUUAAAAAAGAAUUAGGUGUAAUUGAUGGUAUAGGUGUUAUUGUUGGUGUCAUUAUAGGAUCUGGAAUUUUUGUCUCACCCAAAGGGGUGCUUUUAAAUGCGGGUUCAGUUCUGAUGUCCCUUGUGGUAUGGAUGCUUUGUGGUUUGUUAUCGACAUUCGGUGCUUGCUGUUAUGCAGAAUUAGGUGCAGCUAUACCAAAAUCUGGAGGCGAAUUUGCUUAUCUCAAUGAAAGUUUUGGACCUUUGCUAGCAUUUUUGUAUUUAUGGGUUGCCUUACUGAUUAUUAUGCCUACGGGAAAUGCAAUAAUUGCUUUGACAUUUGCUGAAUACAUCUUGCAACCAUUUUAUGGCACAUGUCAGGCCCCUCAUAUGGCUGUCAAACUGCUUGCAGUGGUCGUUAUUUUGUUCUUGACAUUUGUUAACUGCUAUAGUAUGAAAUGGGUGACAAGGAUACAAGAUAGCUUUGCUUUUGCUAAAAUUGUAGCUCUUCUUAUUAUCAUUGGUGCUGGAAUGUAUCAUUUGAUUUUUGGCAAUACUGAAAACCUACAAAAUGUAACAGAAGAUACAUCGUGGAAUUUCUCCAACAUUGCUCUGGCAUUUUAUUCAGGAAUGUUUUCAUUCUCUGGCUGGAAUGCACUAAAUUUUGUUACUGAAGAAAUGAAGAAUCCUGUAAGGGAUUUACCUCGAGCUAUAAUAAUUUCCAUUCCACUAGUGUCUCUGAUAUAUCUUAUGACCAAUGUAGCUUACUUUUCUGUCCUUACAAAAGAUGAAAUACUUUCUUCAAGUGCUACAGCUGGAUCUUUUGGUGAUAAAGUCCUGGGUGUCAUGUCUUGGAUCAUGCCUUUAUGUGUAGCAUUGUCAACUUUUGGUGGCUUAAAUGGUGGCAUAUUUUCUUCAUCAAGGUUGUUUUUUGUUGGUGCUCGCGAAGGUCACUUGCCAAGAAUAGUUUCUAUGAUAAAUGUUCAACAUUCUACACCUACUCCAAGUUUAAUAUUUUUGGCAAUAAUGACAAUUUUUUAUUUAUGGGUUGGAGGUAUAUAUGUUCUGAUUAAUUUUACUUCAUUUAUUGAAGCCCUUUUCAUUACAUUGACAAUCAGUGCUUUAUUAUAUCUUCGAAUAAGAGCUCCAAAAAUGGAUAGACCAAUUAAAGUUAGUCUAUUUUUUCCAAUUUGCUUUCUUCUCAUUGGAAUUCUACUUGUCAUUCUUCCAUUUUUCCAAGAUUUCUUUGAAACUGGAAUUGCUCUGGCCAUAACAUUAUCUGGUAUACCUGUGUAUGUUGUUUUUGUAAUGUGGAAGAAUAAACCUAGAUGGAUGGUUGCAUUCUCAGAUUGGUGUACUGAUUUCACACAAAAAUUCCUUUUGUGUGCUCCAACAGAUGCUGAAGGAUCUAUUGAAGAUAUAACUAAUGUUGACUAUUUUAGUGAUGACAGUGGAAAAGCAAACAAAUCAUUAUAAAUAUUAACCAUUUUGAAUAUUUGGAGGGGCUUCCUUGGAUAUUGAAUUAUCAAAGUCUAUGCAAAUUUCGGAAACUAUUUUCCAACUGUUUUUGGAGCUCUCAUAGUGCACCAUAAUGUAUGAUUAUUAUUUGAAAAAAUUGUUUUUGUGAAAAAAAAGAUUAAUUGAGGAAACAUGAAAAUAUGGGUUAAAAGUAACAGCUUCAAUUUGUAUUUUGCAUGUGUGUGAAAUUUGUUAGCUGAAAAAUAAAUUCAGCUUUUAUUUUGGGCUACAGUGAAUCGAAGUUACUUAUCUGUGAUUUUUGCUUGGUGCUCAGUCUCUUCAUACUUGAACUUUAUCAAAACCAAAAGAAAUUUUAUUGUUGUUUCUAUAAAUCUUUAAUCAGUUAUAAUUCAGUUUACUAUAAUUAAUUUUCCGAUUAUUAAAUGUCGAAAAUACAAAGUAUUUAGUAAUAUUUUUUUCUUAUCGUCCCAUUUCAUUUAUGAUCUUUGAAGGACUGCUUAGGUCCUUUAAGUUUGUUUAAAACUAAAACCUAAAUUUGCUUCAUUUUAAAAUCGUUUGCUUGAGUAAAAUUCAAACUAAAUUAUCAAGUUAGUUAUUUAUCUUUUCUUCUGACGUUCAAUACUCCUAAUUGUUUAUGUAAAAUAAAUUAAUGGCCACAUUUUAAUAAUUAUUUUUCUAACCAGUUUUUUUAAUGUGAAUUUUAAAUUUACUUUAUUUUUUGUUUAUAUGUGUAAAUAUGCUUUUUUAAUAAGCUUUUCAUUGAUUGUACAAUUAUUUUUUCUUCGAAAAUUAAAGUGACUGUCAGAGCUUUUACUGCAAAGGUUAUUAAAAAUUUAUUCAAACUUUUCCUCUAAAUCUUAAAUUUAUUUAUAAAAACAAAGAAAAUAAGUUUUUAAGAUUAAGAAAAUACUAAUGUGGCAUAAAUUUUGUGGAUAUGACUUUUUUUAGUAUUUAAAUGGAUAUUUCAUCCAAAACCUUUGCUGUAAAAAUUGUGCAAAAUUUUAUUUAAAUAAUGUUAUCUCCUUCACCUUUUUUAUUAAAACAACUCCUUGAUUUAUCUUAAAUCCUAAUUACAAAUUUUAUUUUAUUGGAUUCUUAUUAAGCAUUUUUUUAUUUAUUUUAUUAAUUACUAUGUUAAUUGUUGAACUCAUAAGACUUUUCAUUCUUACUUGCAUUUGUCAUUAUCAACUAUGAAGAUUUC